GGAGGCGGAGGAGGAAGGGGAAGGAGGCGGCGGUGCCGCCGCGGAGCGAUGGCGGCGGCGGCCGCGGGCCCCUUCAGCCUCAGGGAGGUUCUGGACGCCUUCCGCAGGUGCGUGACAGAGCAGCGGGAGGUGCUGCUGGAGCCUUACCUGAGCGGCUGGCGGGGGCUCAUCCGCUUCCUGCAGAGCCUGGGCGCCGUCUUCUCCUUCAUCUCCAAGGACGCGGUGGCCAAGGUGGCGCUGCUGGAAGGUCACCGCCAGCAGCACGGCUUCGUGUCGCUGCAGUCGCUGGUGCAGCACGAGCUGGCGGCGGGGCCGGCGGCGCUGCGGGCCCGCUCCGACUCGGGCUGCCGCACGGUGCUGCGGCUGCACCGCGCCCUGCGCUGGCUGCAGCUCUUCCUGGAGGGGCUGCGCUCCGGCGAGCCGCGCACCUCCGUGCUCUGCACCGAUGCCUACAACGCCUCGCUGGCCCAGCACCACCCCUGGGUGGUCCGCAAGGCGGCCACCGUGGCUUUCUGCGCGCUGCCCUCCCGCGAUGCCUUCCUGGAGAUCAUGAACGUGGGCUCGGCCGAGGAGGCCGUGGCCAUGCUGGGAGAGGCCAUCCCCUACAUCGGAGAUGUCUACAGCAUCACCCAGGAGCUCUUCGCUCAGCACAAGCUGCUCGACCUGCCCUGACAGCGGCGCUGGGGUGAAAAUGACGUUUUUGCACAAGCGACACGCUCUGUCCUUGGUUAUUUCUGCUUUUUCUUUCCAGCCCGGAGCUGAAGAAUUGGCAAAACAAUUCCAUAUUAUAAAUGUGGCCCGGUUCCUUUUUA